UUUAUUUUCUCUCCAGUGACACAUUCAUUCAUUCAUUCAUCAGCCCUGCUCCCCUCUUCCCAGGUGGAGGGACAAUGACGCUGGCUGCUUGACUAUCUCCUCUCAUUAUCAUUCCCCCUCCCCCUCCCCCUCCCCCUCCCCCUCCAUCCGUCUCCCACUACAGCUGGAUAAGCCAACCACUAACAGCUCGACUCUCCGUUACAGAACAGGGAUUUGAAGAUUGCAUCCUCACAUUUGUAAUCAGACGUAGGAGAGGAUUAUCGCAAGGUCUCCUCCAUCUUGUGCUCAUCAGCUAGGGCGGCUGCUGAGACAAAAGGAGGGAGAGAAGAGGAGGCUGUGGAGGAGAGAUCUCAGGCAGCUCAGUGGAUGGUGUGGAGGUAAAGACAGAAAGGGAGGGAGAGAGGGCACCUGUGGAUGAGAGGAGGAGGAGGAGGAGGAGGAGGAGGAGGAGAGGGAAAUGAAGUCUUUCUAAGGAACUGCAUCCAUCACCCGUCUGAUCGGAAAGGGAGAGGAAAGAGAGAAAGAAAGAGGCUCAGCAGCGAGUAGAUCACUGCCAGAGGUCUCCCAUGGCAGAGGCCAGGCACCCUGAGUCGGAGCUGAACCAACAGGGGGGAGGUGUUUCCUUGGAAUCAAGCGUCUCUGGUCAGUCCCUGUUUGACACCUCCCGGAGCUCCACGCAGGCAGAAGAACCCUCAGGUCUGGCUGCAGGACCAGGCCCCACCUGCCAGGAGGAGCCAAAGAACACUAACAAUAAGAUCUGUACUGCAUCUCCUCCUACCAGAGAAACUAACCGCAGCAGCCUGAGGGUCAGCGGAGAGCCUGGUGAACAGGAUCAAAGCCCGUAUAAACACUGCGUGCCCCCCAGGGUGUCAAGCCGCCCUCAUAGUCUGGCUGACACGUCUACACCCUCACGUCACCGCAUGAAUGCAGCCAUUGACACGCCUCAGGCUGGCAGGACUCUACAGAGUCUAACACCAGCCUCUCUGCCUGUUCACAGGAGUCACUCAGACACGUUACCUCUGGUUCAACAAGCAGGGCCCCCCCAGGCUCCGGUCAGCCAGACCUGUGGCCUUGCUUACCACGGAGGAGAUAAGAGUUUCCCAGAAGCUGAGAGUCGCUCCACACUAGCCUGCAAGCAACCCAUGCAGCUGCAACAGUGCAACAUCCUCACCACUAUCUGCCGAGGGGUCAGCGGGGGAGACAGUGGUGCACAGCAGCCUCAGAGCGGGUGUGUCCGUGUCUCGCCCCCCAGGGCAGUGGUUAAAGUGGAGGGCGAAAAGGGCCAUCUUCUCCCUCAGUGUGACAAGGGGCUGUGUUACAGCUCCUACCUCCCUCAUGCCAAUUUUGAAGACACAUUUGCUGCCUACUGCCACCCCCAGCCCAUCCCCGCCCCCUCCCAGCUCCUGCCACGCCUGGCAGGUGUAGAGCAAAGCUGCGACAGGCAGCGCCCAACUGUGCUUCCUUCAGUGACCAACCAACUCACCCUGCCUCGCCUCAUCUCCUCUGUCAGUGAGACAGGCCUGGACGCCAAGCAUCUGCUGCGGUGCUGCAACCUCAGCUGCUCCUGGGUCAGCUCGCUGCCCCCCGGUGGUGGACCACCAUCCCAGAAACACUUCAGCGGAGAGGGAUGCUGCAGCAGCCCCAUUGGCCAUGUUCGAACCAAGACCCGGGACAUGGGGACUAUGACGGGCCACAGAGAGAUGAGGGACGUCGGGGUGCAGACAGGACAGACUGUCACACCUCAUGUGUUCCCUCAGAUCUGUCUAUCAGAGGAGAGCAGACGCAGCAUCUCCUCCAGCCAGACUCCAUCACUGACAAACACCGACAGCAAUGAAGGCAAGAAACCGGGGGGUGCUCCCAAGUCCCCAGUGAAGGAGGUGAAGUGGGAUGCAGAGGGGAUGACGUGGGAAGUGUAUGGGGCCUCUGUGGACCCAGAGGAGCUGGGUCUGGCCAUCCAGAGACACCUGGAGCUGCAGAUCAAGGAGACGGCGAGCCGUGCGGCCAAACUGUCACGCCAAAACACCAACACCUCCCGGCAGAGCGGGAACACCAGCUGUCAGAGGAAGACGAGCAGAAUGAUGGGCUCCAUCCGAACCUGCUGCACCCGGACCACCACAGCUGUGGACUGACUCACCCUCUGACUGACGGACAGGACAGUACCUGAACACUGUGUUCAGUAGCCAGCAUGGCUGCUCGGAGCCUCAGCCUCAAAUGUCACCUGUCUGAUCAGAAGGUCUAAAGAAGACAGAACAAUCUGCAUCAAUGGACAAGCUUCACAUGAAAUGUCUCAUGAUUAAAGAUUUGUGUUGUUAUUAUUAUAUUCACUGAAAUCAAUAGAAAAAGCGCUGAAAAUGAAACUACUGCUUAACUAACAACAGACUGAUAUUCCAUCAUUUUCUGUCUGUGGUUCAAUAAUCCAAGGAUUGCAAAUAUGAUUGUUCCAGCUGUGCACUGCCAGUGUGUUCAGAGGGCCGGUCCUCUUCAUACACGAGACAGUACCUGUUCAGUGUAAAGCAAUGUGAUGCAACAGGACUGCAAUAAACACUAUGAAUGUGCAGGGUGAAGAACAUCAUGUAAUACAGUGAAAAAUGUUAAUGGAAAAUACACAUAUACAGUGUUACCUCAACUUAACCCUAACCCUAACCUUUGACCCGUGGCUGGGGCCAACCCUUUAACCCCGCCCACUCCCUUCCUGCAUCCUUGCUCUUUUGUUUGUUUUGGAUGAAAUUUAAAUGAUAUGAGGCUGCCUGGAGAUAUUUUCUUCUUAACUAUGAACGAACACAGGCAUUUUCAAUGACCAUGAGACCAACGACACCGAAAACUUUGAAACUAUUUUAAGACUCUGCCUGAUUCUUCACCACUGCAGGGCCUGGACUCAUGUGGGAACAGAGCGUACAAUGAUUGUUGUAUGCAAACAAAUACACCAGCUCUGUAGCAUGUGGUAAAUCACUGUUACAAACAAGAGUAAAUAGUCCAUGAACAGAUCCUGGUGGAACUCUAAGGCAAAAGGAUGAAACUUUGUAUGAUAAAAGUUAAGGAAUUAGGUUUAGGGUGUGGUAACAUUGGAUGUGCUGCUAUUUGAAUUCUAUGUAAGAUUCCUCAAGUUAGGUUGUUUUAUGCUCCCCAAAAAAUCAACCAAUCAACCACCUUUAUUUAAGAUUUUAAAAGACAUGUGGUCACAUAGUUGCUGUGCUGCACUAAAAAACAAAACCAGACAUGAGACAGUUGUGUGUGUUCAGUGACUUUAUGCAGAGUCUGAUGGGAAAGCUCAGAAAUAAAUAACACAUGGGAUAAAUCAUUCUAAUAUUAUAUUGUUAUUUAAAAAUAAUACAUGUUUGUUUAUCUCGCAUACAAUAGAUUUAAUACGUACAUUAACAUUUCAUUUGUCUUAUUCACAUUUUAUUUUAUUUUUUCACCCGCACACUCCUCCACAAACAUAUUCCCGCUUUGCUCUUGCAGCAUUCGAAACCUUCCUUGUUGCUUAUAAGUUCAUACCAAUAAUAGUUCAACAAAUUUAGCUCAUUGUAUAAUGAUAUAUUUACAUAAUUUCAUCUUUGUCUUACCUGAUAUCUCAUAGGUGUCAUCUGUCAUUUUUAGGACUCCACAAUAACCAGUAGAAGUGUCUGUGAGGGAUUAUUACAGUACCAGAGAGAAAUCAAUCAGAACUGAACUGAACACUUUUAAUUACUGUGGGUUUUGAAACCAAGGUUCAUUAAGAGAAUUGUUGGAUUGCUUGUUAAAAUGUUGAUUAAUUGUAUUUCAUGGUGCUUCAGCUCUGUGGAGAUGUAGACACAAAGACAUUUCACUUCUGAACAACAUAGAAACCUUUUGUGGGUCAAACAAAUCCAGGACAGUUUCCCUGGAUAUUUCACUCUGUUUAUGGUACAUGUGUAUUUUCCCUUCUACAAUAUAGACAAUUGUCACCUGGUCUGAAUGUGAGUAUUAAAUUCAACCUGUUCUGUCGCUCAGGGUGGGUGGUGGUGACCGUAGUCCCCAUGGUUGUCAUAGAAAACAGCAGACCUGCUUGUCAUUCAGUCCAUAAUGUUAAUAUUGAAAUGUGCUUUUCCUUUCACUAUAGCAUAAAUAUAAAAUGUAUCUUAGCAACCACUGGGCAGAUCAUGACGACCUCUGCUGUGGAUAUCCAGGUCCCCAGAGGAUGACUGAUUUUGAUGACCUGCUUACCUUGUGUCUGAUCACCAUUAAGCCAUAAUGUCACAUUUUGGCACAAGAAAUAUCAAAAUCGAAUGGAUAGACUGACACUAUGAACAGUUUCUGUUUGAACAGUGACAUUAAAGUUGUGAAGUGGCUGAUGAUAUUAUUCUGAUUUCAAUCUGCUGAUUGACAGUGGUAUGUCACUGCUGCUAGCUUAUGCCAUACGGUAACUACUUCUUCAAGGCAACCGUCACCGAUGUGAUAAACACUAUGUAUCUGGAAGCUAAGCAUGAGCUAAGAUAUUAGCUCCGGAUGGCUAGCAUACCAUGUGAAGCCUUAACCAUUAAUCCUAGCUACAUCGCGAUAGGCGUUAUAUCAAAAGGUUUAUUUUGGGUUGUCCAUCCGUCUGUCCCACUCUCGUGGACGUGAUAACGCCUUGACAGAACUUCUUCAAAUUUGGCCCAAACAAUCGGGAAAUUUCCCCACUGUGGGACUAAUACAGGAAUAUCUUAUUCACUUGGACUCAAGGACAAACUGAAUAUAUUUUGGUAAAGGUCAGUGUGACCUCAUAAAAGAUUCUUUAGCCAUCACUCAAGACUUCACACAUAUAGACUCUAGAUAAACAGGGAUGCAACCUGAUCCUGUAGGAAUUGGUACAUGGCCGCUUUGAGUGAUAUCUGCUAGAUGAACAUGAGUAGCACAGACAAGUAGUACAGCAUGCCAUUAACUCAAUGCUGCUGUAUCUUCAUGCCACCAUAGUCUUUCCUGUAGCUUCACCCUCAGGAAACACUUUAACCACGCCUGCGGGACAGCUGUGGUCCGCCACUGUGUCUCUCCAACACUUCAGUUUAUAUUGUGGGGUCAAAAGAACAUGGCAGCCUCCAGGGGGCACUGGUGGGGCUUUAGUGUUGUUAUUCUUGGAUAGAAUAUUUACACAAUUGAAAGUUAUGUAUGAUGAAACUAUAGGUGAUGUAUGAAUACACCCGUUAAUAGAACUAUUGCAUGCUUCAUUGAAAACAUGAAACAUCACUGAAUAUCAUGUAUUUAUAGUCCAGACAAUAAUAAACUCCACCACCCAAUUUAUUCCCUCAUGUGUGAUGUUACAGUCAUACAGAAUAUAUCAGCUCAGGAAGGAGCAGAAACACCAUUAAUGGAACAUACACCAUUUAGGUAUAAAACAAGCCAAUCAAACUUUUUGGUGUGCUUUGAACAUGUACGUACAGAAAGGGGCGUCUUUAUAUCAGGUGGUUAUAGAGGUGACAGAUUUAAACAGCAAAUAGUCACUAUAGUAAACCACUAUGAGAUUCAUCAGUAUCACCUGUGAAUGAAUCACAGAUUAAGAAUGAAACACAGCUGUUCAUUAAGGCUCUAGAAGAUGGAGAUCAGUUUGAUCUCUGUAUGUCCACUAUAGAAAUAGGUAGGACCAGGAAGUGUUCAGCAUGGCUCAGCAUAAUGACUGGAAGCAGACUGCUUGUCUAGCUCCAUCAGAAGAAUCAAAACAAUAUGCAUUAAUGGAGUUUAAGUUGUGAUCAAAAUUGUACUUAAUUGUACAACAGUAGAUGUGUUUAAUGAAGAUACAUUUAAAUUAACUUUAUAUUUACAUUUACAUUUACAGACAUUUGGUCAUUUUACAGACACUUUUAACCAAAGGGGGGAGAACUCUAAAGCCUUGAAGUAAGAGAUGAAACUUACAUUCAUCUUCUCAUCUGACAUUGUAUAUCUAUUCUUUACCAUUACAGUGGACAACACAAUGUUACAGCAGAGAGACGCUAUCAUAUAAUAUAAUAUAAUAUUUUUUUGAUUUUGUGCAAACUCAAAUUCUUCUCAUAUAACCAUAUGACUUCUUAUGGUAUUUUAUGUAAUGAUAAAAUAUUCUCUGUGUCCACCAACUGAGAUGACAGUCAGCUAGGUGGCAUGACGCAAGAAGGGCUUUUUUAAAAUCUGUAUUCUCUUUUCUUUCUCUGUUUUUUUUUUUUUGUCUGUACUCUGCUUUAUGCAUUAUGGCUAAAUUUGAAAAUAACUGCAUCAGUGGUCGUUGUCUGUGUAGAGGCCCUCCAUAAUCAUAUUUUAAGUUUUACACGGGAAUUGAUGCUGAGUGUUUGUCUGUUGAAAUUGAUGUUAAAAUGUUGUUUUAAUUGUGUGUAUCCAAGAAGAAUGUGCCCAAAUUUUGAUGCCAGCAAUAAAAUCAUAGAAACUCUGUGA